AUGAAGGCCGUGAGGUCCCUCGAGUUAUAUCUCAACAAGGAAGAUGCAGCCGUCGUCGUACCCAAGGGCAAGGAUGGCAAAGAGGUUGACGCCAAGGGGGAGCUGCACCAGGUCAUUCGGGCGAUCCAAAGGACUAAAGAAUCGGAGCUAGACGAGGCAAAGACGAAGAAAUUCAUCAAGUGUCUAGACCAUUACCAAGGCGUUUUUGAUAUUCUGUCGCAAGCUGAAUUCUCGGGCCUGCCGCUGAUCUGGGGUGGUCUGAAGUUCAUCCUCCUGGUGACGAAAAACAACAGCGAUGUUCUACCCAAGGUUAUUGAUGUGAUGAUCGACAUUGGCCGAAAUCUCGAGAGGAUACGGGGAUACGCGGCCUUAUAUCCAACCCCGCGGAUGCUAGAAUUCACAGCCGAACUCUACGCUGCGAUUGUGGAGUUUUUGGAAAAGGUCAUCAAGGAUGCGAAAAAUGCAGAAAAGAACAUACUCAAGCGCGCGAUGUCGACUUUUCUCCAACCCUUCGAGGUCCGAUACGGUGACCUACUGUCCAAGAUGAGGAACACCCUCAUGCACAUCCGCGAAGACGCGGAGCUGUGUCUCCAUGUACGCCAGGCUAUGGCAAGCCACGCGAUAGACAGAUACCGGGCGGUGCUGCCUCUGCAAAGACAUCAGAUGCACCAAGCCUUCAAAUCCGUUGCCGACAACCCGACCGCGGACGUGUUCCAAGCAAUACGAAAGAACCUCUUCAAAAAGUUCGAGAUUCAAGCGGGGUUCCACCAAGAGCUGCAAGCCACGUACGAAGUCAUGACAUCCAAAGAGUGGUUCGAGUGGUUCAAGAUGGAGCAGAGAUACGUGCCGUCGGGGUAUUCCCACAAGACGAGGGUCGUACAGGCGUUGUGCGACGCCCCGGACCCCCAGCACGCGCUGGUGUGGAAGAAGCAGCAGCGCAAGUUCGCCUCCCACGCCCCAUCGGCCUACCUGAUCUGGACUCGCGGCAUGACGGCACAGUCCGCUAUCGCCUCCCUCGUGGACCAGAUCCUGGUCCAGAAGACGGAAGUCAUGGCCGACGCGGGCAUCGAGAUGGACCAGUUCAGGGAGGCCAACAACAGCGUCAAGUCGCUGUGGAACUUCUUCCUCUACCUGACGACGGUCCUGGGCGGGUGCAUGGUGUACAUCACCAUCGGGUCCGUGGGCGACCACGAAUCCGGAAUCGUGCGGAAGUUUAUCAGCAUGGCCGAGACGUGGAACGGCCCGCCCAUCAACGUGACGAUGAUCCACCCGUUCCACGAGAGCUUUCCGCGGACGGACGACGUCGUCAACCUCGACGACAAGUACGACGUCCACCCGUCGCUCACGACGACGGACGCCAUGCACCACGUGCUCCUGCUGGAGGUCAACACGGCCAGGAGAGUCUCGGACACGAUCCAGAACCUCUUGUGGGAGACGGCGUGGCGCGAGGUGCGAUACGCCGUGAUCGGCAUCGCGCUCACGCAGGUGUUUGAGCACGUAGACGUCGCGGCCAAAAAGGCCGCCCGGGAGGCGUCCGCGGCCGACGCGUCCCUGACGGAGGCCUACUGCGAGCACUGGGAAGCCGCCGUGGCCAAGUGUACCUCAAACGAGUUGUGGAUCAACAUCCUGCGGGAGCAGAUCCAGCGGCACAUUGACAUUGUCGACAUCCACCUGCCCCCGGACAGGAAGAAGUACCUGGAGGGUAAGUUGGAACUUCUGGUGCUCGAAGAGGAAGGAGAGCUCGGCUCGAAGCUGUCCACGUCGCAGAGGGCGCGCAUCUGGGAGAACCUGCAAGACGCCAUCCGGCCUGGCACGGGCAAGAUGUUUUGCACCAAGAUAGAAGAGCUGCUGCGGGCCUUGCUGGAAGACUACCGCAACGCGAGCUCGGGGACGGAGGAGGGCGCCGAGGGCAUUCCGUACCCCAUCGUCGAUGCGUAUUUCGGGCAAAACGGGCGGUGGAAGGACUCGUUCUCCGUGGAUCAGAACUUGGUGGCGGACGGGAUCAUGAACGCGAUCGAGAUUGGGUUCAAGGAUUUGAUUCAGGCGCUGGCACCCCGGGACGAUUCGGCGUGA